AUGCCGUCACUCACUUUGAAUGGCAACGCCGCUGGUGCAGACAACAUUUCACACAUCCGCAGCUUCUGGGCUCGCCACGAACACCUUCGCGACAACGAGACUCUUCGCACAGUCUUACUAGAAGAUGUCAUCACACGCUACGAGAAUCUGGUCAAUACGCAUGCGGACUACGUCGCUCACCACCAGAAUGAGCUUGAGCAGAGCCUGGCGCUACAACAAGCUCAGAACAAUGUGCGCCACCUGCAGAACCUCCUGAACCGCGACCCCUACCUCCUGGUCCUCAUUGAAGGCGACGGUAUGAUCUUUAACACUAUCGAAGAUGGUGAAGCCGGUGGAAAAGUGGCGGCUACGACCUUGCAGAAUGCUAUUCUUGACUGGGCCACGACCAGCAACAACGUUCUUGAGUGUCCGCCUGACGUGAAGGUUGUCGUUCGCGUUUACCUCAAUCUGAAGGGCUUGGGCGAGGCAUGUGCAAAGGCCGGUCUUAUUAGCUCGCCGGCUGUACUGGAGGAGUUUGCACGUGGAUUCACGAGGGGCAAGACUAUGUUUGAUGUGGUUGAUGUUGGGUAUGGCAAGGAUAGGGCGGAUGUAAAGAUUGCUGAAAACUUCAAGCUCUUCUUGCACGACUACCACUGCCGUCAAAUCGUUCUCGGCUGCUCCCACGACAAUGGAUUCGCCCGCCUACUGGAGCAAUAUACCGAGAGCCAGGAAGCCCAGAUGCGAGUCACCCUCAUGAAAGGCGUCCCAUUCGAGAAAGAGCUCACGGUCUUACCCUUCAGGACUGUAAAGUUCGACCGCAUCUUUCGGGAUCUCAAGACCGUGGUCAAUACACCUGACCUCUUGACCGGCAUUUCCCCACGUCGAGAUUCGCAUGCUCUCAGUGGUGCCAGCAGUGCUUUUACGCCGCGCUCGAUCACGCCAAUUACGCCUCGCUAUGCCACACCCGCCUCGAAUGGCAUGUCACAGCUUGACGGUGUGUCUGGUCAUCUACGCAGCAUGUCUUUGACCUCGUCCAAUUCUGAAUCUGGUGGAAGUACGUGGGCGACGCUUGCCAAGGCUCGCGCUGACCGCCCGUUGACUGAUCUCCGCAAGAUGUCUUCACCGGCUGAUGUACAAGAUCUCGGCCCACCAAAUCUGCGGAAAUCAAGCAUCUCACGCAAUCGUGCUGGCCAGCGCAUUGACGACAGCUUCGACUACGACCGCGAUGAGGUCCAGUAUUUGAAGAAGAUGAAGAUGUGCAAUCAGCACUAUAUCGGUAUGGGAUGUUGUCACUACAACGCUGGGAAGCCGGACAAAUGUCCUCACAAACACGAUAUCAAGCUCAACAAACACCAGCUGUACUGUCUUCGUGUUGUUGCUCGAGAGACGCCGUGCAAGAAGGGGCUGUACUGUGCGGACACUACGUGCAUCUAUGGCCACCGUUGCCCGUUUCCGAGAGCUUCGGAAGGCUCGAUGAGAGGCUCUGAUCGGUGUCUCAAUGGCGAGUUGUGCCGGUUUGGGGCGGAUAUGCAUGGGGUUGACACUAAGGUUGUCAAGAUGACUCGUGCGACUGGUCGGUUCUAG